CGCCCGCGCCCGCGCCCGCGCUGAGCUUCCCGCUCGGGCGGCUGCGCUGCUUGUCCGCGGCGACGUCGCCCCGAGUCUCCAGCAUGAACGAGCUGAGGCUUAGGGCGGUCCGCGACCCGGACGCACCGCCGGUGGAGAAGGAGUCAGAACCAGAAGUAAAGGCGGAUGGAGAGACUGCAUCGGACAGUGAGAACCGUGCGGAAGCUGCUCCCCUAGUAACCUCUGCAGACGAUACCCCAGAGGUCCUCAAUAGGGCCCUUUCCAACUUGUCUUCAAGAUGGAAGAACUGGUGGGUGAGAGGCAUCCUGACUUUGGCCAUGAUUGCAUUUUUCUUCAUCAUCAUUUACCUGGGACCAAUGGUUUUAAUGAUAAUUGUGAUGUGUGUUCAGAUAAAGUGUUUCCAGGAGAUUAUCACUAUUGGCUACAAUGUCUACCACUCCUAUGAACUACCUUGGUUCAGGACCCUCAGCUGGUACUUCUUACUGUGUGUAAAUUAUUUCUUCUACGGUGAAACAGUGACGGAUUAUUUCUUCACUUUGGUCCAGAGAGAGGAGCCUUUGCGGAUUCUCAGCAAAUACCACCGGUUUAUUUCCUUUACUCUCUACCUGAUAGGAUUCUGCAUGUUUGUAUUGAGUUUGGUCAAGAAGCAUUACCGUCUGCAGUUCUACAUGUUUGGCUGGACCCAUGUAACGUUACUGAUUGUUGUCACCCAGUCACAUCUUGUUAUUCACAACCUGUUUGAGGGAAUGAUCUGGUUCAUUGUCCCCAUUUCUUGCGUGAUCUGUAAUGACAUCAUGGCCUAUAUGUUUGGAUUCUUCUUUGGUCGGACCCCACUCAUCAAGCUGUCGCCGAAGAAGACCUGGGAAGGCUUCAUUGGGGGCUUCUUUGCAACUGUGCUGUUUGGCCUUCUGCUGUCCUAUGUGAUGUCUGGGUACAGAUGCUUUGUCUGCCCCGUGGAGUACAACAAUGACACCAACAGCUUCAUGGUGGACUGUGAACCCUCGGACCUGUUUCGCUUACAUGAGUACAACAUUCCUGAAGUGAUCCAGUCGGUCAUUGGCUGGAAAAUCGUCCGGAUGUACCCUUUCCAGAUUCACAGCAUUGCCCUCUCCACAUUUGCCUCGCUCAUCGGCCCCUUUGGAGGGUUCUUUGCAAGUGGAUUCAAACGAGCCUUUAAAAUCAAAGACUUUGCCAAUACUAUUCCUGGCCACGGAGGCAUCAUGGAUCGCUUUGACUGCCAGUAUCUGAUGGCCACCUUUGUCAACGUGUACAUCGCCAGUUUUAUCAGGGGCCCGAACCCAAGCAAGCUGAUUCAGCAGUUCAUGAACUUGCGGCCAGAACAGCAGCUCCACAUCUUCAGCACACUCAAGUCUCACCUGAUCGACAAGGGGAUGCUGACAGAUUCCACAGAGGACUAGUAGGGGCCACGCAGGGCUGAGAGAGCAGGACUGAGCGAGGGGGUGGGGCACCAAGGCCAGCCCAGCUGCUGUGACUGAAAUGAUGACAAGGCUUCAACUCACUGUCUUUUUUUAAUUUUAUUUUUAAUUUUUUGGUAGAGUGUUUUUUAUCUGUGGGUUUUUUUUUUAAAAAAAAUUCUGUAUAUACAGUCUAUUUGCUUAUGAUUUGGGUUGUGAGUAACCUACAGCUUUGAGUUGGAAAGAAGUCAUAGGGAUGAAACUAUUUGGGUUUUUGAAACAGAAGUUUUAAAAACCUGGCAGACAGUGUUGCCCAGGUACUUCUGGUCUCAUCAGUUGAACUGGGCUCGAUCGGGGAGUGGCUGUUCAUGUGUUCCGACCCCGUCGGCGUCCCCCAUACCUGUACUCCCCCUUCUCCCCAGCAGGGAGGAGGUGCACAGCUUGGAUGUCUUUGCCAGGAGAGCUUUCACCCGAGCUGCCCGGUAAUCCUGCCUGGAGCUCCAGGGGUCUGCCUGCUGUGGGCUGGAGGGACAAAGGCUUCUUCUCAGAUCAGCAUUCUGUCCAUGUGAAAUCCUGGGGAACCUGAGCUCUGCUUUAAGAUAUGGGUUCACCUUAUUUCAUCACAGACUGAGAAGUUUUCUUGAGAGAGCACGCAACAUUAUUUAUAAUAGUCUGGUAGAAAACACCACACUGCUAAUAUUUCAAGUGUAUACAGUAGCAUGUACUGUAACCGAGGCCCUUCCCCCAUGUUUAGGCUCAUGGCUCCUAGGGGGCAGUCUGCUCACUGUCUUUUCAGGGACGAUGGUGUUCAUGCUUGUGCUGGGGACUGGCUGCUGCUGAAUCCUCUCUGGGGCUUGCCCGUUAGACAGGGAGCAGAGGGCUUCUGGUUUGUGCCCCGUUGCCUGACUGACCGCCCACGUAGCUGCUGUAUUGUAUAUAUAUAUUACUCCUGAGGCAAAUGUGUAUUGUGUAUGUUUUAAAGAUCACUUAUUUCUUACAGCGAUUUCAAUUGCCAAGUCUUCUUCACUGAAAUCACAAAGUCCUGCUUAAAACUCUGGAAAACCCAACCCAAUUAGAGCUUUAACUAUUGUGAAGAUUAAAUGCACACUUUUUAUAUAACGUGA